CUGCUUUUGCGUCCAGCACAACUCCAGAAGGACCAUGGCUGGCAGAGCCGAGAGCACAGUCUGGUAUGAUACCAUGGAAGGGCAGCACAACCAUCCUCAUCAUCUAGGGGACCAGAACAACCCUCUGUGCAAGCUGCCAGGCCAGGAAUUCCAGCAUGAUCCUCAGAGACAUUUCCCGGCGUACCCGUACCGCUGCACCUUGGCGGAUUUCCAGAUCGAGAAGAAGAUCGGGCGAGGCCAGUUCAGCGAGGUUUACAAAGCGACUUGUCUGCUGGACAGGAAACCUGUGGCACUGAAGAAGGUGCAGAUUUUUGAAAUGAUGGAUGCCAAGGCAAGGCAAGAUUGCAUUAAAGAAAUUGACCUCUUGAAGCAACUGAACCACCCCAACAUCAUCAAAUAUUUGGAUUCUUUCAUUGAAGACAAUGAGCUCAACAUAGUCCUGGAGCUGGCUGAUGCUGGGGAUCUCUCUCAGAUGAUCAAGUAUUUUAAAAAGCAGAAACGGUUAAUCCCGGAAAGGACGGUGUGGAAAUAUUUUGUGCAGUUAUGCAGUGCAGUGGAACACAUGCACUCCCGCAGGGUGAUGCACAGAGACAUAAAACCAGCCAACGUGUUUAUAACAGCCACAGGGGUGGUGAAGCUGGGAGAUCUUGGAUUAGGCCGGUUUUUUAGUUCUAAAACCACUGCAGCACAUUCCUUAGUGGGAACUCCCUACUAUAUGUCCCCAGAGCGAAUACACGAGAACGGCUAUAACUUUAAGUCUGAUAUCUGGUCUUUGGGCUGUUUAUUGUAUGAGAUGGCAGCUCUGCAAAGUCCCUUCUAUGGAGAUAAAAUGAACCUGUUUUCUCUUUGCCAAAAAAUAGAGCAAUGUGACUACCCACCUCUUCCAGCUGAACAUUACUCUGAAAAGCUGCGGGAGCUGGUUGGCAUGUGCAUAUACCCCGACCCAGACCAGAGGCCUGACAUCGGGUACGUGCACCAAAUAGCCAAACAAAUGCACGUGUGGACGACGAGCACAUGAGCGCCGGGAGCAGCACAGCUCAGUCUUACUUGAAUCCUUUUUCUCAGCUGAAAGCGACUGGUGCCAGGUCACACAGGUGGGAGGUUGAGCACUCGCAGCAGAGGCUCCAUCAUUUGCAGGUUAUUUGACAAGGACUUACAGGUGGUCGUGCUUUAACGUGAAGAUUCUGUGAGGUAUUGCAAGUGAUUCUUUUUAUUUUUUAUUUUUAAGGCCAAUAAUGUUACGGAUGUAGAUCAUUUAAGGGUCCUUUCUUAAAACUGUCGUGUGUAAUCUAGGAUAGCAGCUAUUACCGAGGGCUCAGCGUUUGCCAGACCUUCUAUCUUAACUGUAAUGUGAAAUAUUGAAAUAAUUCCUCCAGUGAAAUCACUUUAUACUAAUGUAAGGAUUACCAUAGAUUUUGUGUAAUUUGUAUAACUGCUACUUUGCCUCUUCUGCAAAUGGUUAAUAGCAAAUUCAGUUUUUACUUGGUAUAUUUUAAAGCAGCCAUUUAUGUUUUUAUUAAUUUCCUCCUCUUCGGACUUAGGAGCUGGGAAGGGUUGGGGGGUGGGAAACCCUUUUGUUUCAUGAUUUCUUUUUUUUUUUUUUUUAAUUCUAAACUUAAGAGUAUUUUGCUGAUGCAUUUCUCUGUCAGAGAUGAGUUAAACAUGAGCCUGGGGAAAAGAAGACAAACAUGCCAAGCAAACCCCUACCAGCCUUGCUCCUGCAGAGAACUGUUCCUUUCCCUCAUUUUCCCCUUUUGGAAUGGUUCUUCUUCACCUCCAGGUUCUUGUUUAAAACCAGUGUUUUUCAAAGCCAACUCAGUUUUGGUGCAGAGACUUUUACAUAUUCAAUAGUACAUCGGGUACUAUCGGUGGAACUUCAGCAGUGUUUUAAACACUUGGAAAAUUUUUUAAAAAUAAAUGAAAUGCUUUGUGUAUGGAAUUCUGCCUAGGAUCAGCCCCUUCUCUCAAACUGUGAAAGCUCAUUACAGAAUGUGAAUGUUUAUAAAAUCUCAACCUGA